AUGUCCAGACCGCCACCGCUUCACCCGUCGCUGCCGCCGCGGCCAGCGACCACGCUUUCCUCCGCACCUUCGAGGACCGGAGGCUUAGCGGGGACGGGUGGGCAGGGCGCAGAGACAGGCGGAGGAUCUCACCCAAGCUCUCCAGCAACGCCCUUGACCCUUCCCGCUCGCCCGGCGUUCGUCGCAACUCCCACUCACCCCACCUCAUCCAAGUCGGGUCUCUCAGCCGGCUACUCUGCGGGUCCAGCGAGCGCGGGAGGGUUGUACGGCUCGCCUGGGACGGCGAGUAGUCUGGCAGGGCCUUCCGGGUCUCCCAAGGCUGGAACCUUUGCCUCGACGUCGUCUUUCGCCUCCUCGUCCGACCCCUCCGCCUCGAGUUCGAACCCUUUCGCCACCAUCCGACCUCGUGUUUCGGCUUCUCAGGCUCGAACGAACGCGCAACUAAUCGAACUCGGCGAGGGAUGGGUCGUCAAGUACCGCGCGUGGAAAGGGCCGGCGCUGUUUGUCGAGGGAGAGGGUUCGAAGGAGGGCAGGAUGGACUACGACCCGGUCCGCCCGCCGCUUGACACCAUCUCGCCCUUCCCCAUCUCGGCGUCGUCUUCGUCAAGCGGCAAGCGGCCUGCGAAGGACAAGGAGGCGGACGCGAGCGGACCUCCCGCACCGAAAAAGGCGAAGCGACGCUCGUCUGCCAUGAACACGACUUCGAAAGGCGUCAACGCGUUCGACGACCUGAUAGCCGAAGAACUCGGUACCUCGACCUCUUCUUCCAUACCCUCGCCGAGUCUCUCGGCAUCCGCGCCAUUCUUAGGCGCGACAACGCCGAGUCUUCCGGCUUCGCCCAUGCAGACUUCGACUUCGUCGUCCGGUACGACUCACCGCGUACCAGCGGCACUCAAGAAGGCGCAAGCUGCUGCUGCCGCCGCUGCAGCUGCUGCGUCUGCGCCUGCCGCACCGACUCCCCCGCCCGCAUCUACCGACGCCCCAGUCGUUGACCACCUCGCCUCCCCUCCUUCCGCACCGACCGACUCCUCAUCUUCCACUCAAGCACUGCGAAACCGCCUCGCGCCCCUCUCCUCUUCCGACUUCCUCGCCAACGACCCGAUCCUCCGUGCUGAGCGCGACUUGCGGCGACGGGAGAAGGCUCGAACGGAUGAGGGGAAGGACCGGAUGGGCUUGCUAUGGCUCACUGAGCGGAAAUCAGUCCGUCUCGGUCGUGCUGAGGAGGCGGAGGAUGGCGGGAAGGGCAAGGGGAAGGAGGCUGAGGAGGCGAAGGGGAUGCGGAAGGAGCAGGAGAAGGAGGACCUUGUUGAUGCGGCUGAAGGAGAAGGGCGGCUACUGUGGGUCUUCUGCGUCGUGCGCGGACCGGACUCGGUCGGCUUUGACGAUGGGAAGGAGGCAGCGGCAGAUCUCGAUGGCAUGUCUUUCGAGGGAUUGGAAGCUUUUGCAUCGGGGGAGCUGACGCACGCCAGCCUGUUUCCCGACCUGUACGCCUCGACAUCCUCUGCGACACCGUCCUUCACCCCGCCUCUCUCCCUCCCGGCCCGUUCGUACCCUUCAGCGCUCGCCCUCUCCGCUCAGAUUUACACCGUACCCUCCGCUGCCACGCCCUUGCCGUCGUUGACCGCGAAGCAAGCUGCGUACUCCGCCUUUCGAUCGACAAUCUCUUCCCUCCUCCUCGACGAGCUGGUACAGCUCGGCGCGCUCGAGACCCGACCACUUCGCAUCGGCGACUCAGUCGUCUACUUACCUCGACCACCUCCAACGGCGCCGAAGGAACCAGCCCUUUCGCUCGCCCGACCUGCCGCCAUAAAAGUCUCGAUCCCGCCUCCCUCUCUCAAUCAGUCCGCCAUCUUUGUGCUCUCCUCCGUCUCGGAGCUCUCCUUCACUGCAUCUACAUCCGACUUAUCGCCCGACACGCCUGUCGUCCUCGCACCUGCCGACAUCCCCGCCACGCUCGUCCGACCUCUCGCCCGCCUCUCAUUCGCUCAAGUCGCUCGCCUCUCGUCAGAUUGGCGCACUGAGCUCGACCGAGCUUACAUACCCGAGGACGAGCGGAACGACUACCUCCUCUGCGCGCUCGACUUGCCCGACUCGCCUAGCGCUGAAGACCGCAUCGAGAUCGUCUGGCCUCGAGCGCUCGUCAUCGUCGACGAAUCGCGUAGGUCGGCUUCGCAUGGCGGCCAAGCGCCACAGCAGGCUAGUCCUGCGGCGCCGCACGAAGCGCACGCGCCCAGCAAGUCUGGCGAAAUCCGGUUUGCGAAGGAGAAGGAGAACUGCCCAGUCCGAGCUUCUCCUCAGCUCGUUCGUCGAGCCGACUCGUCCUUGAAGCGGCGGAGUUUCGCCGAUCGUGCUCUCGCAGCGAAGUCAGCCGCGCCUUCGCGCCGGCCCAGCGCGACUGAGGGCGAGCAGACUGUUGUGGUGCGGACGGGAGCAGGAGACGGUCCGAAUGUCGUCAAGAGUCGGACCGGCAGCGUGUGGAGCUGGAUAGGCGACGAGGGCGCGAGGCGGGAAGAAGAGCGGGAGGAGGAGAGACAGCGCAAGGAGCGGGAGGAACAGGAACGCGCUGAACACAUCAAGCAGGAGAAGGGCAAAGGCGCUGCGCCGACUGCAGCUCCGACUGGUGCGGCCGCGCCGAUCAACAUGCGCACGCCAAUGAGCCUCGGAACUUCAUCGACUGAAGCGCCCAGUCCUGCUGAGCUGUACCAGCCUUCGAUAGGUCCUGCCGGUGCCUCGGACUCCGCAGUGCACGCAUCGACCGCCGAGGCACAGGCAGGCUCUGGACCUCACGCCAUGGAGAUCGACUUCGGCGGCGCGGACGUCUACCCGUCCCCAGCAGAACCUGGCCCGUCCGCCUCCACUUCCGUCCAACCUGCAUCUUCUGCACCCAUGUCAGCACUCGAUGCCGCCUUCUCGGAGUUUGACUGGGGCGAUGGGACGUUCGGCACGAGCGGGACGGGUCGAGGCGGGCGCGACGAGGGUCACGACCGCGGGUACGAUGACGGUGGAAUCCUGGGUCUCACCGACGACGAUUUCUCCUUCUUCGACGCUCCGACGCCUGCUCCCGGCGCUUCCGCCCUCGCAACGUCGAUCGGCCUGUCCAUGACCGCACCUGCGUCAACCGCUGUGGGCGACCAGUCGUUUUCCGCCUUGCCGAACGUCGCAGGAAUCGACUCCGGAUUCGACCUUUUCUCGGUUGCACCGACGCACUUCCCUGCAGCCGCGCCGACAUCCCUUCCCUUCACUUCAGACGGCGUCUUCGGCUCCGGGACGUUACCUCACUUCCUACAGCAGUCUCCCGCCACGAUCUUUCCCUUCGGAGCCCUGGACUCUCUGACGCCCAACGCCCUCGGCCUCGCUGCGCCUUCACCGCAUGCGCCGACGCCAUCAGCCGCAGUCUUCGAUCCCCUCGCGCAUCUGCCGCCGUCACUGCACGACGUGUCGAUCACAACGCCCGUCUCGACGACAUCUCCAGCCGUUAUCUCGUACUCUCCGCUCCUCGCUCAGGCCGCCGCAACAUUCGCACCGACGCAGCGCGGGCUCAGCUCGCUGGGCCAGCUCGGCAGCUUUCAACCUCUCGCCUUCGCAACAUCGUCGUCGGACGACAAGUACGAUCCGCGCAAGGGCAAGUUCGGCCUGCCAAGUCCAGACUCUGACAACGAGGGCCGGGCCGCUCGACUGGUCGAGGAUGAAGAAGGACAGCUUCGUCUCUGGUAUCAAGCGAUCUGUGAUCCUCGCUAUCUCAUGGCGCAGCGUUUGCGCCGCCCGAAAUCGACUGCCAAACCGUCGGAUCCAGCAGGUCGACCAUGGACCCGCCGCCUGCCCGCCAAUCCGUUCGUCUCGGUCGCGGGCGACGGAGCUACUCCUUCGUCCCUCGCGCUUGAGUCGGCGGACGUCGAUCUGCCGGACGUCGACUCCGAUUCGGAGGACGCGAUGGACGUAGACGGCGGCGACGGGGACACUGGCAGCACCGAAUCGGGCGUCGAAGACAGCGACUCGACUACGGAGGCUGAAGCGUUGAAGUCGUCGUGCCAUGCGGCUCUUCUCGUCGACCCUGGAGCAGUCCGACGCCAGAAGCGGCUCACUACGGAAACGAGGCGGAAUGCGCCGCUGGCAGCGGCUGAUUCAGCUCGGGAGCUCAUCUACGCGCUCGUCGCCGAGCAAGUGGUUAUCAACAGCGAGUUUCGCGAGCCCGUCAAACUCGCGUGCGCGAAGGAUGCUGGUUUGGUCUCGCUCGACUCUAUCGCCGCUGUCGCAAGGUUCAUGGGCACGAGUUGCGCAAGUCUCGGACCGUCACCGCUCUUCGACGAUCAAGCUGCACUCCCAGUUCUUUCGGACGCGCCCUCGAUCACCUUCCAGCUGCGCAUCCAGCGUUCUAUCGCGUCAACCACUUGGACGGCCGUCGACUUUUGGCGACCGAUGGGCUUCGAGCCGUUGACCGGAUCGAAGGAUGUGACCGCUUUCGUCGUGUUCGAGGACGGAGGGGCGGAGGUUCGAGCAUGUGUGGAAGAGUGGGCCAAGCUCAUGAGCGCAGCUUACCAGGGCUUACGGCUUGGCGAGCAUGUGCUGGGCAGCAAGUCAACCGAGCAGGCCAUGCCAGGCGGUUUCUUCGCUCUCUCGCCCGGCGCGCUGUCGGACUCGCACAGUCGCGAGGAGUUGAAGGUUCUCUACUCGGCGCUUCUCGAGACAGCCAAGACGUCUACGAACACUGUCGUCUACCUCGUCCUGCCGCACGGCGAGUCACCGCUGGCCCCGAAGUCGCCGCUUGCCGGCAUCCUCCACCAGAUCGGAAAAUCGCGCAGCACCGUCGUCAAUAUGGUCGCGUGUCCCGUUUCGCUCUCAAGCAUCACGCACUGUACGAGUUCUGCGCCAGACGAACCGGGACCAAAUCGCCUACUCCGUCUCGCCUUCAACGUGUACGACCAGUUACAAGUACCGAUCGAACGCCUUCGCCUCCCUGCGCCCGAAACCUUCCCCUCAGCCCGUCCUCCGCCUAUUGCGCCUCUCGGUCCCGCCGUGCGACUAUUUCAGGCGCCCGCCUUCUCGAUCGCACCGCCCAAACCGCUCAAGGUCGACUUCGUCCUCGCCUGGCCCUCGCCGUCUCUCGAGGUCGAACAGCGGCACCGCAUCCUGCACAUCGCGUACGCUUCGAGACCGAUGGCAAGCGGCGACGGCGAAUGGCUUGUGAUUACGAUCAUCGACGAGCGAGGCGAGAUAUGGCGAGUCUCGCCGCGCGUGCUCAAGCUGCCGAACGGGGCGGUCGCCGACGUUCACCGUGCACGGGUCGUGUGGACGCUGCUCAAAGGAAUGAUCGACUGCGCCGACGUCGAGUGGAGGAUCGUGAUCUGCAAGGUCGACGAGCCAAGCCCGGUCGAGGCGAAAGCUUGGGAUUCCAUCCUGCGAGAAGUAUCGACGGGGUCGCGGCGUCAGAUGCAUGUCAGCUUCGUCUGCGUCGAGCUGGCCCCAACCAUCGCCCUCGACCUGUCAAACCCGGUCGUCUCGCGGCCAGCGACGUCGUCAACCGUCAUUUCGGAAGAUGGCGAAGUCACCUUCACAGGUACGCGCGACAGCACGGCCGACAAGUCUCCAAUCUUCGACCAUAGCUCCUCGGCCCUCACGUUCACGCCGCGCGAGCCAGUCGCCCUCUCGGACGGCGCCCUUGUUGCGCCGGCAAGUACAUACGUUUUCAGCGUCCCUCGCUUCUCGACGGCCGACCAUACCUCAGCACCUGCGCCAUCCGGUCCUCCCUGUCCAGCCGUCUCCGCCUACGCCUUGCACUUCCUCCUUUCCCAUCGCACCCGCAAUUCGUCGUACAACGCGACGCUCAGAGACUUCCUCUCGGAUGUGACGCGCAGCUUCGUUGAGCUGGCAGCGCUGGGUCAGGCGAGGUUUGGGACGAGUGGGCGUAUGAGCUGGCAUGUCGACGCCGCGAGGCAGGCUCUCGCUAUCAUCGAAUGA